ACCACGAGUGCUUUGUGAGCAGAUAGCGAUGAAAAGCAGAGGACUGGAGCGGAUGGGAUUUAAAUUGCUGGGAGAUCGAGUUGCCUUUUGCGGAUGAAUACAUUUUGAAUCGGGACGAUGCCUUUGACAGCAGCGAUGGGCGUCUGGAGGAGAAAGGAAAAUAUAUGUUGGCUGUUCAUCCUGUUUUUAUCUGACCGGUGUACUGCUCAGAUAUUGUACUCUGUUUCCGAGGAGGCGGACAAAGGAACCGUGGUGGGGAAUCUCGCAAAGGAUUUAAAUGUCAAUGUUCGAGACUUGCAAACAAGGAGCCUGAAUAUGGUUUCCGGGUACAGUAAGAAAUAUUUUGAGGCAAAUGUUAAGACGGGGGAUGUUUAUGUUAAUGAGCGAAUAGAUCGGGAGGAGCUUUGUCCAAACACGAUAAAAUGCAUACUGAACUUCGAGGCCAUACUGAACAAUCCCAUGGUUCUGCACCGCAUUGAAAUGGUAAUUGUUGAUUUAAAUGACAACGCACCUUCAUUCGUGGAGAGGUCACAUACACUAAAUAUAUCUGAAUCUUCACCGACGGGCGAACACUUCUUGCUUCCUCUGGCUCUUGAUGCAGACACAGGCAGCAAUUCAGUGAAAACCUACAAGCUGAGCCCAAAUGAAUAUUUCUCCCUAGACGUGCAGAGCAGCGGAGAACACAGUGUGUCCGCUGAGCUAGUGCUGGUAAAAGCUUUGGAUCGAGAAAGACAAGCUGUUGUCCCACUAACACUGACCGCUGUAGACGGGGGUAAACCUCCGAAAAGUGGAAGUGUACAGAUACAUGUAAAUGUCCUCGACGUCAAUGAUAACACACCGUCGUUCAGCAAAACGCUUUACAAGGCACGCGUAAAUGAAAACGCUCCAACUGGAUCAUUAGUAAUUCAGCUGAAUGCCACAGAUUUAGAUGAGGGAGACAACGGGAGGGUGAUGUACUCUUUCGUCAAGCGUGCAAACUUCAAUCCUGCAGAUGUGUUUUUUAUCAAUGCAGAAACUGGCGAGAUAACAGUUACGGGUAAUUUGGAUUACGAAGCACAGUCGGCUUAUGAAAUUCAUGUCCAGGCAACAGACAGAGGUUCAUCGCCUCGGAGGGCGAAUGGGAAGCUGCUGGUGGAGGUGGUCGAUGUGAAUGACAAUGCCCCAGAAAUUGUAGUGACGUCACUCAUGAACCCAGUGAAAGAAGAUGCAGAUAUAGGAAGCGUCGUCGCGUUAGUGACGGUGACGGAUAAAGAUGGAGGGAAAAACGGCCACACCGCCUGCAAAUUGAUCGGUUCAACGCCGUUUAAGCUGCGAUCUAACUACAAAAAUUACUACUCUUUAGUUGUUGACGGGCCGCUCAACAGAGAAGAAUGCUCAUCGUACAAUGUUACAAUUACUGCGAAUGACGAAGGAACCCCGCCUCUCACCACCAGCAGCGUUAUCACCGUUCACGUCUCUGAUGUCAACGACAACGCUCCUCGUUUCCUUGACCCUGUCAUUAAUAUUUAUGUGAAAGAAAACAGUCCAGUUGGAGCUCGUAUCUAUACAAUAACUGCGGUCGAUCCUGAUAUAAAAGAAAACGCUAGAGUAACAUACUCAUUUGGUGGUGAUUCAAAAAAUAUUCCCAUAACGUCUGCUGUAAACAUCAACUCAGAGACAGGAGAUAUAAUCAGUCUGCAGUCGUUUAACUUCGAGGAGUUAAAAACGUUUCAGUUUAAAGUUCAGGCCACAGACUCUGGUGUUCCUCCGCUCAGCAGCAACGUGACUGUGAACGUU